AUGUCCAAUCCGAUAGCGAGGCUGAAAGCCAUACCCGAUGAAGCAGGUCCCAGCGCUUCCAGAGGUACAAGGGAAAUACGGAGAGCCUAUCUUUCGCCAGAUGUACUUCGGACUUUUAAAUUGGUAGCAGGAGAUUGGGUCUUGCUGAAAUUGGAGAAGGGUGUCUGUGUGGUACAAAUAUGGCCAAGAGUAGGACUUGAUGAUGACGCGAUCGUACUCUCCUCAACUCAUCUUUCCAACCUGUCCAGUUCUCCGAUCGAUCUUUAUCGUUUCGCCCCUGAAGUGCACUCGCAUGGUAAAGCAUCUCGGAUUAGGGUGAAAGAAGUACUCGAAACUUCAACUAAGCCUAAAAGCAAACGAACCAUAGCCGAGGAAACACCAAGGGAAAAGGAAUGGCUUCGAGCAUCAAUUAAGGAAGUUCUCUCCUCCACAAACUACAUAAACAACGGCUUCAAGAUAACAAUAGGAGACUCGGGUAAGUCAGCUCGAGUCUUCGAGAUCACGUCCAUCGAUCUAUCGACCAAAGAAUUAUCUAAGAAGAGUGGAUCUCCGUUGGAAGAUGGAUUAGAGAGACUCAAGAUCAGCGGGGAUGAAAGUGCAAAAGUGGUGUACGAAGUCAGCUGGAAGACUGAGGUAGUACUAGAAGCACCACCGACGGUCCUAUCCCAUCUUAUAUCAACCUCUUCACGCCCUCACAACCCCCAACAGCAGCUUAUGGGCUACUGGGUGGACUUCAACCUCAGAUAG